AUGUUUGAGGGGAGUUUGUGCUGGUGGAUGCUGACGGCUCCACCCUGCCAUGGCGCUAUAAAUGAGCUAAGCAAGAUUGAUCCCAGAGAUAUGGAGGGUAGUUUAGAGGGCAGCAAGAAGCGGGAGGCGGAGGGAAAGCACAAAACGGUGGUGAGGGUGGGUAAGAGGUAUGGGGAUGCUGAGGCAAAGAUAGAGGAAGCAGAGGGCAAGGAGGCUCCCAAAGCCAAGCCCAAGAAGGGGAAGCGAAGCAGGAAGGCCAAGAAGGAGGCGAUAGACGGCGAGGAGCACGUGGAGGUAAGCAGGUUCGAAGGCAGCAGGUUUAACAAGGCAGGCAAGCAGGAGUACCAAGUCAGAUUCUAA